AUGGGUUCCAAUUCCAAACCAAUUGAUGGGACAUCCCUUGAUCCAUGGUCAGAAAUUAUGGCCGUUGAAACCCAAGAUCAUCAUCACCAACGUCAAAUCGGCGUCGUUUACCGAAGAAGAAACCCUCGCAACAACGCCAACUCAAUUCAUUCUUCAGAUUCUAAUUGUCCGCGUCCGAAUCGGGUGAGUUUGGCCGACCCAAACAAGCGAGUCAGUUGGAAUCGUUCUCUUUCCACCAGAGGGAGGACAAGUAUAGCUGUUGGUGCUUGUAUGGUUUACCAGCCUCAGUUAAAGCAGGACAAAAGAAAAGGGAGACCUGCUAUUCCCAAAGGAAAGGUUGCGCAACCUCCAAACUUUGACAAGGAGAAAUCAUAUUUUCAAGAGGUUGAUGCUUUUCAGUUGUUGGAGGAGAGCCCCUCACCAAAGAAAGUUGGCACAUGGACCCUAGGCAAUAUGACGGAAGGGGCCCCAAUACCAGAUGUAUGCUCCAGAUUGGAAAAAUGGUUAUACUCCAGAAAAGAACAUUAUUUUUCUUUCUCUAGUGGUUCGGAAACUAUUGUGAAAGUUGGUGAAGGAACAUAUGGAGAAGCUUUCAAGGUUGACAAUUAUGUCUGCAAAAUAGUUCCUUUUGAUGGGGACUUCCGAGUGAACGGGGAAGUCCAAAAGAAAUCGGAAGAAUUACUGGAGGAGGUGCUUCUUUGCAAAACUCUUAAUCAAUUGAGAGGAAAUGAUGGAGAUUCUCAGAAUCUAUGCAGAACAUUCAUAGAUUCCAUUGAAUUUAGAGUUUGCCAAGGUCCUUAUAAUGCAGCACUGCUUCGAGCAUGGGAAGUUUGGGAUCAUAAGCAUGGUUCAGAGAAUGAUCACCCAAAAGAGUUCCCAGAGAAACAGUGUUACAUGGUCUUCGUUCAAGAACACGGUGGUAAGGAUCUUGAAAGUUUUGUACUCCUGAAUUUUGACGAGGCAAGGUCUUUACUGGCUCAGGUUACAGCUGGGCUUGCUGUGUCUGAGUCUGCAUAUGAAUUUGAACAUCGAGAUCUUCACUGGGGAAAUAUACUCGUCAGCCGAAGUGAUUCUGUAACAUUGCAGUUUACUCUUGAUGGCAGGAGUAUGCUAGUUAAAACGUAUGGAUUGUUAAUAUCUAUUAUUGACUUUACUUUAUCAAGAAUAAACACGGGUGAUAGAAUACUCUACUUUGAUCUUUCCUCAGAUCCUGAUCUAUUUAAAGGUCCAAAGGGAGACAAACAGUCAGGAACAUAUCGGAGGAUGAAGGAGGUAACUGAUGAUUGGUGGGAAGGAAGUUUUCCUAAAACGAAUGUGUUGUGGUUGAUCUACUUGGUAGACAUACUCCUCAUGAAGAAAUCGUUCGAACGUACUUCCAAGAAUGAGAGAGAUCUACGCUCCUUGAAGAAACGUUUGGAUAAGUAUGAUUCGGCCAAGGAAGCAAUUCUUGAUCCCUUUUUCAGUGACAUGUUCGUUGAUCAUGGCAAGUGAGAUGGCACUUCUACGACUCUCUCUGUGGCACAGUCACAGAAAGAGAACCGUCUCAAAGAUUUGAUUUUCAACUUUUCGUUGUUCCUGUGUCGGCGCCAAAUUUGCCAUUUGGCUUCGCCAUCUCCAUCGUUGUUAUUCAAAUGCUCCUGAGAGGAUAUGCUAACAAGUAACAACUAAAUACUGAUUAGUUUUCAAUAGAACUUGGCAACAUAUUUAUGCAAUGUACUUUUAAUUCUUGUACUUAAAGUGAUAAUUAUUUUAAAAGGAAGUAUUUAACG